AUGCGUCGGGAACUCCUGGUGUGGUUUAGACUGAAACACAGAACUAUUGUGCCGCUACUUGGCACCGCCAUGAUCGAAUCCCCAUUUCCGGCUCUCGUUUCCAAAUGGAUGCCAUCUGGGACAUUAUAUGUUUACCUUGAGGAAGCUACAAUACUUACAGCUUCCGCUAAAGUUGGAUUGGCGAGUCCCCUGCUCAUACCAAUCAUGAUCAAAAAUUUGCACUCGGAGAACGUCGUUCACGGAGACCUUCAUCCCGCAAAUGUGCUUAUAGAUUGUUCAGGAAAUCCGCGCCUGAUAGAUUUUGGUCUCGCAACAGUCGUAGGAGAUGCAGAGUUGCAGUUGUCCAUAACGACCGCGAGCCGCAGCUUGGAUCCUCGAUGGCGUGCGCCCGAAGUCAUUGGAAUCGAUCCCGAUCUUGACCCUGAACGACCGAAUUUCAUGAGUGACAUCUAUUCUUUCGGUGGUAUCAUGUUUUUUGUGAUCUCCGGGGAGAGGCCAUGGAAAAAGAAGCAACCGCAUCAUAUCUACGUUGAGCUGUCGAACAAAGCCAACCCUGCGCGUCCCGACAAUAUCCUAGACAAUCAUUGGGACUUGAUUCAAAAAUGUUGGUCUUGGAAUCCGAAGGAUCGCCCAAGGGUUAUUGAAGUGUUUGAAUGUAUUUAUUAG